ACCGCUGUUCACUUGAAGAUAUCUGGAAUUCAUAUAAGCAAUAAACAAAAUAGUAAAGAGAUUCGAAAUGAAGUGAAAUAUGAAUACAGCAAACUUAUUGAAGAUUUUUUUACAGCCUCUAUUCAACUCAGAGAGAAGUUUGAUAUAUUCAGAAAUGACCUGACUCAAGAAGUAUUGGACAUAAUUACCACAACUCGCAAACAGGUUGUUGAAGAAAUGGAAGACAUUAAACUUAAAUAUCACCUUCCAGAAGGUCAAUCUGAAUUGCAGAAGAAGUUGCAACAGGCAGAAGAAAUACAUGAACUACAGGCUGAAAAUUACCAACUCAACUUGUUAAUUUUGAAACUAAGGUCAAUCAACAUCUGGCAUCGGAACUUUAAUCAAGCUAAUUAUAUGAAGGCAAUAAAUUCCCUAAUGAAAGAAGUGGAAAGCCUAAAGAAAACAAAUGUUGAAUUAAAGCUAAUAACAUCUGAAGAAUCAAGACUAUUAAAACAACAAUUAAUUGUUCUCAGGAAAGAAUUAUCCAUUUUAGUCAAAGAAUGUUCUUCAGUCAAAAAUCAACUCAAUGCAGAGCUAAAUGAAAAGGAAGAGAAUAUGUACAUGUUACAACAGAACAAUCAGUUCAAGCACCAUAUAGAACUAUUCAAACAGGAACAGAUAGAUAACCUGGAACAGGAGUUAAAAAAGAAAAAUAAUGAGCUGAAACUUCUUGGUGAAAGUUAUAACCGUGUUGUCAACUGGACUGAAGGAAGUAGUCAAAUAUCUCAAAAAAGCCUAAUCAAUAUAAAGAAAUCACUUAGACAGGAGAGGACUCUGAAGAAAAUGGCAUUUCAAAAAGUUGAUAUUUUACGCACCUUGGUUGAAAACCAAGCCUGGAGAAGUCCUACACCUAUUCAACAGAGAUCUGAACCUGUCACACCUUCGUAUGGUUACAGAACAUUGCUAUCUAAACCAGCUAACUUGCGAAAUGUUGACGCGUCAUGGGCGAAGAAGCGUAAUCUUUCAAUUGAUAUUUAUGACAAUCAAGUGUGUGAUCACAAGAAGUUAACACAAAGACCAAAGACUGUAUCUGGACGUUUUUCAUCCAGUGCUACAAACCAGUCUACUCAAGAAGAUAUUUAUGAACUCUCAGAGAUUAUUGAUUCUGAUGUUUAACAAUGUUAUUUGUAUUAUUCUUAUUUUUCAUUGAUAGCUGUAGCAAAUAUUUGUCUUAUUUGCAUGUUUCAAUGGAUCUGAAAUAUUACUUGACUUCUUAAAAUAGGAUAGAACAUGAAAUAAAGUUAAUAAUAGUUAAAUGCCUAGAUUAUCUUACAAAAUAAUUGUUAAAUACCUAGGUUAUCUUACAAAAAAAAAAACAUUGUCUGAAAUCAACAUUGUAUAAUUUUAAACAAA